AUGAACCCUCUCUGGCGCAUAGCUACCAAACGAUCUAUCGGUUGCCUGCCGACGAAAGCAGCACGUUCGCAUCAUGGCUGCCUCACAUCUCUACGACAGAGCAAUGGGUUCGGCACCGCUACAGGUUCUCUGAGCAGGAGACGCAUCCGGGGAUUCUCCACGUCCCCAGCCUCCAGGAUCUCAGGGGCCGAUGCUAAAACUCAUCUGCUGAAGAAGCAGGAGGGCGAAGAAGGUGCGCCAUAUGGAAGGACCGCCCAGCGCUACGCCGACGACCGGCCUUGGCACCGGGAGAGCAACGUGACACAGCCCGAGUCGGAUUCCCGGGACCCUGCAUUGGGGAACAGAGAGAUAGGACGUCUGUUGACGACGCCCACUAGGCUGCUCAAGCUGAUCCUUCCGCUGCCCUUCCACGCCGAUCAAGAAUACCUCGACCCCGAAACGAAGCAAGAGCCGCCGUCCUCCAGAGAGACGGUCGAGCCUCUGGCGCUUCUGGUCCACCCGCAGCAGCCCCUCUCAUACGUGGAGAGGCUGAUCCAGGCCGAGGUGCCUCCGCUGCGCGUCAACGGCAACGAGAAGCUGCCGCGGGUGUCCUUCCGGGCCGAGGCUGACGAGAGGGAGCCGCACGAGCGGGGGAAGAAGGACCGGAGCCAGGGCGACAACGUAGCGUCUUACUCCGGGCUGGGCCGCGAGGGCCCGCACAACCACGACUCCCGGUGGGUGCGUUGGAGCGGCAGCACCGAGGUAGGGGACUUCAUCCGGGACGCGGCGCGGGGCCGCGAGUUCCAGGUGGAGAUCGAAGGCCUCAGGGGCGCAGAGGGCGCGAGCGGGGUGCGGGUGUCGGUCCCCAGCUUCAGCGACAGGACCUACUACAUGCGGGCUCGACUACGGGCCAAGUCGCGGAGGAUAGACAACAUGGCCAAAGUCAAGAGCGAGUGCGACCUCUUGGCGCACAGGAGCGCGCACAGGCUGGCGCAGGGCGGGUUUGUCGCGCUGAGCGCCUGGUGGGCCGUCGUCUACUACGUGACCUUCCACACGGACAUGGGGUGGGACCUGGUCGAGCCGGUCACAUACCUGGCGGGUCUGACGACCAUCAUGGGGGGCUACCUCUGGUUCCUGUACAUGAGCAAGGACCUCAGCUACAAAGCAGCCAUGAACAUGACGGUGUCCCGGCGGCAGAACGCCCUCUACCAGGAGAGGGGGUUCGACCACAAGGCGUGGGAGCACCUGGUCGACGACGCCAACAUGCUGCGCAUGGAGAUCCGCAACAUUGCGGCCGAGUACGACGCCGAGUGGGACGAGGUCAAGGACCUGGGAGGGGAAGAGGUGAAGGAGACGCUGGAGAGUGAAAAGGCCGGUAAUGGGGAUGACGACGACCGGGGUCAGCAGGAUGCCAAGAAGGGCGGCAAUGGUUCCAAGAAGGCCAAGUCGAGCGGAUCGGAACCGUUGUUGGAGAAGGCUGACGAAUAA